GGGAAAGAGUCCUCACUCCCUGUUCCUCACCCUCUCUCCUCCCAUCACUCAAUACAGAAGAGAAAGCUGAAAGAGAAUGGGAACAAUCUAUGGACACAGGAGGUUUACCUGACGUCGGGAACAGCAUCAGAUCUUGGGUGGCGCCCUCAGCUCCCUCGAGAUGGAGGAACAGGUGAAUCCGUUGGAGAGGGACCACUUCCUGUCCGUGGUUCUGCCAGGGGGGAUGGAGAAGAACGCCACGGUGCAUGGAAGUAAACCAGUGAUGGACUUACUGGUGACCCUUUGCGCAACUUACCACCUGAAUCCGUCUGACUACACUGUCGAGGUUCUGUCGCCGAACAAGAACAACAUCAGCUUCAAACCAAACUGUCCUAUCGGCUCUCUAGAGGCGGAGAGGAUUGUGCUGAAGCCCAAGAUGGUGGAGGAAAAGAUCAGGAAGCCAUACAUGCCCGAAGCGACUGUGCGUCUGUUGAUCAACUACAACAAAUCCCAUAAGGCAGUGGUGCGAGUGAAUCCCAGAGUUCCCCUUGAGACGCUGCUGCCGCUGGUGUGUGACAAGUGUGAGUUUAAAGUAGAAACCACCGUCCUGCUGAGAGACUGUCAGUCCAAAGAGCCGCUGGACGUGACCAAGACCUUAAACGACCACGGGCUGAGGGAAGUGUUCGCCAGAGAUGCGGCCAGUAAGGAGCCGGCGGAGCAUCAGCUCCGACCCAAGACACCUGAAGCAGCUGUGGCACCAACAGAGCUGAUCUCACCUCCUGCUCCACAAGACCUGUCGAAGAAGGAGAAGAAGCAGAAGGAGAACGCAGGAUUCCUCAGCUUAUUCAGAAGAAAGAAGAAGAAACCUGAGAUGGAAGAAGCAGUGAGUGCUCCAACUUCUCCCGGUCUCAGUAAGCAAAUGGCGGUCAGUAUGAGUGAGCAGGAUGUUUGCUCUUCUGACACCCUGCAGGCAGAUAUGCCCAAGAAGAGGCGAGCGCCGCAGCCACCCAUGGGUGCAUCGCAGAGCGUCCCCAACAACCUCAGCACCUGUCAUCUCAGCGGGCCACAGAGAUCAGCAGAAUCUACCUUAAGGAGUACCAAGAGGAGGGCCCCACCCCCUCCCUGUGCAACCAUGCUGCAGGAGCCGCAGGAGCCGCAGGAGCCGCAGGAGCUGCAUAAGCUGCAUGAUCUGCAGGAGCCGCAGGAGCUGCAGGAGCCGCAGGAGCCGCAGGAGCUGCAGGAUCCCCGGGAGCUGCAGGAGCUGCAGGCAGACACACAGCAGGUUACAGGGACCGUAGACUCUCUGAACACUGUGGAGGAGCUGAGAGAAAGUGAUGAGUCGGCCUCUGUAAACCUAUCAGUGUCCUCAUCUUCGUCACCACAUCCAUCACAAACACGCUCGUCCUCAUCCUCCUCACGUCCGUCGCUCGAUCCGUAUCUGCCUUCGUUUAGAGCGAAGGACUUCUCUGACGCCCGCACGUCUCUCGCCAAAGUCCUGACGUCCUCUGUGUCCAAAGGAACGCUGGUGAGGCGUUUGAGGAACUCUGCCACCUUCCCGAAGUUACACAGUGUCUCCUUCACGUCCAGGACUCACAGGGGUCCAGAGGCCGGGGGUUUCUGUGCUGAACUGGACUCUGUUAUCAAGUCCAAACUCCCCACUGAGCCUGAGUGGGAGGAUCCUCUGCAGAGGAAGGGAACCACCACUUUCAAAGUGGUUCCCUCAAAGAGACAAACGUCCCAUGACCCAGAAGUCUCUGAGGACGUCCCAGACCAGGACCAGGUAACUGAGGACGUCCCAGACCAGGACCAGCUAACUGAGGACGUCCCAGACCCAUACCAGGUAACUGAGGACGUCCCAGACCAGGACCAGCUAACUGAGGACGUCCCAGACCCAUACCAGGUAACUGAGGACGUCCCAGACCCAUACCAGCUAAUUGAGGACGUCUCAGACCAGGACCAAGUAAGUGAGGACGUCCCAGACCAAUACCAGCUAAUUGAGGACAUCUCAGACCAGGACCAUGUAACUGAGGACGUCUCAGACCAGGACCAAGUAAGUGAGGACGUCCCGGACCAAUACCAGGUAACUGAGGACGUCUCAGACCAGGACCAAGUAAGUGAGGACGUCCCGGACCAAUACCAGGUAACUGAGGACGUCUCAGACCAGGACCAAGUAAGUGAGGACGUCCCAGACCCAUACCAGGUAACUGAGGACGUCCCAGACCAGGACCAGGUAACUGAGGACGUCCCAGACCAGAACCAGCUAACUGAGGACGUCCCAGACCAAUACCAGGUAACUGAGGACAUCCCAGAUCAGUACCAGCUAACUGAGGACAUCCCAGACCAAGACCAUGUAACUGAGGACGUCCCAGACCAGGACCAGGUACCAGUAGAAGAUGAUCCUGGGAGUGAAGCUUCUCCUGAGGCUGAGGAGGAUUCGUAUCCCCCUGACAGAACAGACACUGGAUCAGUCUCCUCCAGUCAGGAGCUCCAGGCUUCUGACUGGCCAGACUGUCCUCCACCUCCACAUGAUUCAGACAGUCAGGACUGCACAGGUACAUCUCCUUCUGAGGACCGGGACAGCGAUGAAGGGCAGGGAGAGGAGGAGGAGGAGGAGGAGGCAGCAGCUGGACUGUCGGGCUGCAGUGACGGUCGGAUCCACUCACAGGAUCAGAGUGGAUGUCUUCAAAGCCCCAGAGGACGGUCUGUAAAUACAGAUGUGGACCAGUGUGGCUCAUACACUGAUGAGAAGGAAGCUGAGGAGGAAGUGGUACAAGAAGAGGAGGAGGAGGAAGAGGAGAGUUUCCCUCCUCCUCCUCCACCUGUCUUCUUUAAUGAAGAAGUGAUGGAGGAGGAAGAUGCAAACACUUCCUGUCUGCCACCUUCCCAGCCGACAAGUCCCACCUGCAACGGGCAGACCAACGAACUCAGCGCCGACCACCGACAUCAUCCAGAUGUGUCGACUUCAGCCGCGACGAAGCUCCGGGACAAGAUGAGUGCAGGUCCGUCCAGGUUUGCGCAGGCGGUGGCCAUGGCUGUGCAGAGGUCCCGCCUCCAGAGCCAAGGGAAGGCUUUCAGCCCGCGGGCCCCCGCCGGUCCCCACGACGCCCUCCCCUCCCCCCCCAGGUCUACCUAUCAGUACGGUGCCUGAGCAGCUUCCUCUCUCCGCUCUGAGGGAGAUCCAGCAGCCGGCCGAGGACGCCGCGCUCAACGAGUGACUCGGCCAUUAAAACGAACUGCAUCAGUUUUCAGAGACGAAACAACUGAGUUGGAUUUUGCUAAAUAUGACUGUCUUUAUUUUACCCUGUGUCGUCUCGUUUUAUUUUGAGCUUUACGUUCACAGGUCGAACAUAAACAUUCUGUGUUGUGGAGGAGGCCAAAUGUGCAGGACACGAGUUGUUGAACUGACAGCGUCCUGUUUUUUCUUUACUUCCUUUUGACUUUCCACUGAAGACGUGCCAAGACGGACACGACGCUGACGUCAGAGCUUUUUUUGUUGGGUUUUUUUUCUUACUGUAAAACAAAAGCAAUGAUGUCAUUCCAAAGACUUAUUCUAUGUUUGUGCUGGAACUUUAUUUUCUCCCUCAGGAUGUACUUUUUGUUUUUUUUUCUGCAGUAAAACUCAUGAACUGUG